CGCCGGCUCCGGAUGAGUCAGUUGCCGAUAUGACCGCAUGAAAGAAAGCCGUCUUGGGUUGGCAGUGAGGGGUGUUUAAAUGUCAACGACGCCAAUAGAGCGGAUAAAAGGCAAAAGUUUCAAGUGCCAGCUGCCACGCAGAGUAGAUAGAUAUGAAAGACUUUUUUAUGUCACCGCAAGCCCCAACAGUUUCCAAUCGUGCGCGUGCCAACCAUCUGUCAAAGAAUGGCCCAGCCAUCAGUCAAAGAACGGUACCCCUCCAAACCAAGCGACCGGUAGCAAGUUAUCCACAAGCAGGUGAAAAGUAUAGAAUACUCUAGAAAGACGUCGUGGUGGUUGGUUUUUAGUUCGCCACGCAUAUUGUUGUCACUGGGACAUGACUAGUGUGUCGGGUCGCAAACCUGAAGAGCUAGCCCACUUCCUUUG